AUGUGGUUCAACUUCGACAUUGCGGAAUUGGUCAAGAACAGUGAAGAAUUUCAGGAAAAAGAAAAAAUUGCUGAGUUAAUUGAAUCCCAAACAGGAGCUCUUGAAAAAUUUAUUGUAAAAGAAACACAAAUUCCUAUUGAUGUUAUUCCUGUUGAUGCUAUUCCCGUUGAUAAUGUUGAUGCUAUGCCUAUUCCUAUUGAUGACAUUCUUGUUGAUGUUAUUCCUAUCGAUGAUAAUGUUGUUGUGGAUGUUGAUGUUGAAAAUCUUAAUGAUAAUGAAGAUGAUAAUCAAAAUGUUGAUAAUGUUAAUGACAUUCACAUUAGUGUAGAUAUAUUUGAUCCAAGAAAUUGGGAUUCUCUCGAGUCUAAAAUGAUUGAGUUGUUAGCUACAAAAGGCCCUAUAAGAGAUUUAAGUAUCGUGAAGGGUCCUAGAGAUAAAUCUUCUAGACGCUUUACAACUAAUUUGUAUACUAUAACUUUAUCAAAUGGAGAGAAGUGUGAUAGAGAUUGGCUUGUUUAUUCAAAAGAGCUUGAUAGAUUAUUUUGUUUUUUUUGUAAAGUUUUUAAAAGAGGGAUUGGUAGAGGUCAAUUAGCAAAUGAGGGUUUUAGUGAUUGGUCACAUGUUUUUGUUAGACUUAAAGAGCAUGAGGCAAGCUUGGAACACAUUAAGAGCAUGACUAAUUGGGACGGCCCUGGUCAAUGA